AUGCGCCUCACCCACCCCCUGCGCACCCCAUACCCCUGGCUCACCACCCUCAAAGUCUCCCAACUCCAACACAUCGCCCAAGCAACAGGCAUCCACUCCUCCGGCCCCAAGGCCGCGCUGCUCACCCGGCUGCGCGCCCAGCUCCCGCAGUGCGAGCUCCCACACCCACACCCACACCCGCACAGCGCCAGCGCCAGCGCCAGCGCAAACCCCAGCCCCGGCAGGAAUCUCAGCAUCCUCAGCAUCGACAUGGGCAUCCGCAAUCUCGCCUACGCGCAUCUCAGCUUCCACGUCCCAGACACAGCCGACAGCGACAGCAACAGUAUCAGCAACAGUAUCAGCAACACACCCGCACAGCUACACGCAUGGCGUCGCCUCGCCGUCUCCGAACUCCUCCCCCCGGACGGGCUUGAAGGACCAGACACGGCGCGAGGGAUAGGUUCCUCGUCCUCGUCCUUCUCGCCGGCUGCGUACGCUCACACCGCCUACGCGCUCGUCACGGGCCUCCUGGCGCGCUACGCGCCCACGCAUGUGCUCAUCGAGCGCCAGCGGUUCCGCUCCGGGGGCGCCAGCGCGGUGCAGGAGUGGACGCUGCGCGUGGGUGUGUUUGAGGGGAUGUUGUAUGCUGUGCUUGUUGCGUUGCGGAUGGGGGCCGGGGCCGGGGUCGGGGUCGGGGUCGGGGCGGCGCCGGUGGUGGUUGGGGUUGAGCCGGGGAGGGUGGGGAGGUAUUGGGAGGGGGAGGGAUCUGUGGAGGAGAAGACGACGAAGAAGAAGGAGAUGGGGGAAGGGGAACGGAGGAGGAAGGGGCCGCGGGAGGGGAAGAAGAUGAAGAUCGAUCUUGUCGGGGGGUGGCUUUCUUCGGGGACGGGGAGUCCGGUGGUUGUUGGGGCGGAGGGGGAGGUGAGGCAGUUGGUGGAUGCGUAUUUAGGGCGGUGGGAGGGGAAAGCCAAGGGGAAGGGGAGGAGGAAAGGGAAGGGAGAGGUCGGAGAUGGCAUAGGGACGGUGGCAGACGCGGAGACCGUGGAUGUGCGCAAGAUGGAUGAUUUGGCGGAUUGUCUGGUCCAGGGCGUGACCUGGCUGCAGUGGCAGACGAUGCGGCGGCGGAUUGCGAUGAUGGGACUGGAUGCGCUGCCUGAGUUGAAGAAAUAA